AUGUUGAAAAAUGGAGAUGCCUAUUCUGGCCUCGAAUGGUUUCCCUUGGAAAAAGCCAAUUUUUACGUUAUUGAGAUCAAAACUGGAAAAGUUACUACUAUCUCCACACCAAUUACUAACCCUACACAUCAUGCAAAUGCUUACGAAGAAGAUAACAAAAUUAUUAUUGAUAUAUGCACUUCUAAAGAUCCAUUUUUCGCCACAGUUUUUGAGGUUGGUAUAAUUAGAGAUGUCAACAAAAGAAAUAAGGUAGACUUUACGUUACGAUUCAGUCGAUAUACCAUCGACUUAGAAUCAAAAACAGCCAUGGAGACAAAAUUUCCGGCAAAUUCGUCGUUUCCCUUUUUAACCUAUUUCGAUAUUCCCGCUAUCAAUGAAAAUUAUAGACAUAAAAAGCAUUGUUUCGUGUACGGCGUUUCAUUUAAAAAAGACUUCAAAUCUUUCGCUAGAACUGCUCUUGUUAAAAAAGACACUUGUGGCAAUAAUAAGGACAAUGUUUGGUCGUUGGAUGGACAUUUUCCAAUGGAGAUGUGGUUUGUUCCAAGAUCUAACUCCACGGGAGAGGAUGAUGGCGUUCUACUUACUCCGGUUCUAGAUGGAGCAAAGCAAGAAAGUUAUCUCAUGAUACUAAAUGCUACAACAAUGACUGUAAUGAACAGAGGUUACUUAAAUACAUCACUUCCUUUUACCAUUCAUGGCCGCUUCUUUCCAGAUGUUGUUUAA